AUGCGUCUGGGUUCUGUUUUGAAUAUAUUCGGGGCGGUGGCACUGGCUGGUCUCCAACUAGUAGCUGCUGCGCCAGCCCAUCACCACACCAAAGCCUUGCAGCCGAGAACCGCACCAGGCUCCGCACGAACAUUAGUUGACUACUGCAACCAGGAUGAUCUCAAUGGUCUCGACGAUGGAAUUUCAGAGCUAAAGGAAAUGCUCGAAGCCACUAUGUCCCGACUCGAAGACUUGUGGAAGUAUCUGAACCAAGACCACGUUCCCUUACUUUGGAGGCAGGACUUCAAGCUGCAGUCUACUUUUCGAACCUUCGAGUCACUCUACGGACGACUGUCGUUCAAUCUGGAUAAGAGUGGACACCAGGAGACGCUUGACAGGGUCGAAUGGGUUGCGAGAUUUGCUGAAACAUUCCGUGCCUCGUUGGAUACCAUCAAUGCUAGGGACGAUUUUGAAAUAUAUUGUGGGGACUGGUGGCUUCAAGAGAAGCCUAAAUUCUUCCAGUGGAUUAAACGAAGCGGCGACCUAUGGUUCUUUGACCACCGCCCUUCAACCAAGUACGACACUGAGGUCAACAUGGCAGGUGGGGGUGGGCUUUGCAGAAAAGACGACGUAUUCUAUGCCGCCUGGGUGCAACCACAAACUCCAACCGAUAUGUCCCACGACCGCGAUGUCUUGACAAUCUGCCAAAACGAGGUCGCCCUCUACACAAAGAGGUUCUUGGCCGGUGAUACCAUGCGAAAUAUGCGAAAGAAAGACUUCGUGCCCGAGGAGCAGGCCAACACUGUCUUGGAUUCAGUGACCUCGACAUGUUAUGCCAUGUCCCUGGCACAUGAAGGCGCUCAUGUUAAAGUCAUUUUUCAGGAUCGCCAGAUGAUCGAUGUUCCAGUAGAAGUGAAUGGCCAGACCGCUUCGGCUUAUGGCUGGGAGAGAGCUACGGCUUUGGCGAGGGAAUCGUCUGAAAAGGCUAAAAAGAAUGCUGACACCUUCGCUUUACUGGUCGCUGCGAUGUACCUGGAUAGGUACGAUUGGUCGACUGGAGUUGCCCGAAGGCACUUCUCCGGAGUACCUAUUGAACAUGUGCAGAGUAUCUGGAAAAUUGGCUCAUAA